AUGGAUAAUAAUGUAGAAAGAAGGGAAGGGGAAGAUGAAGAAGACCCCAAUGAUGUUUUUUUAUAUACUAAUGAAACAAAUCAAGACUCAGAAUUUUGUAAUGUUUUAUGUAUGUUUGUAUUUUUUAUGGCAUUAUUUAUUAUUAUGGUUACAGCUGUUGAUAAUACUGUGCCAAAUAAUAAUAAUAAUGACACUAGUGGGCAUUUUGAAAAUGGGAAUUUUGAAAAUGGAAAUAUUUCAAAUAAUUUAAACAACGAUGAAGUAAUUAAUAACUUUUUAGAUAAUGCUGUAAUACAAAGUUUCGAUUUUAAAGGUGUUUACAAAAUAAAAAAAAAAAUAAACACACUUAAAAAUGUUGAAGAUGAUUAUAUGAAUAUAAAAAGUAUAAAUAAAGAUGAUCAAAUGUUUGAGGGUAAAAUAGUUACUUUAAAAUUGGCUCUACAAAAUGUUACUAAAUCCUUUUUGUUUCUUCACUUUUAUCCAGCCAAUGGGACAAAUGAUGUAGCCAUGAAAACCGAGAAAAAUAAUUCAAUUCAUGACAAACAAAAUAAAGAGGAUGAAAAAAAAUUCGAAUAUAUUGGGAUGAUGGGGGUAAAUGUAAAUGGGAAUCAAAAUUAUAUAUUUAAUGGAAGUGGAUAUAAUAUAUCUACAUUUUGUAAAAAUGAAUUGGAAAAUGAUUGUAUAUGUAAUUAUACUGCAAAUAUAAAACAAAACACAAAAAUAAAUCAACUAACAUCUGCUCGAGAAAUAGAAGAAUCCUAUUUUUAUUCUCUAAAGAAAUAUAUAAUAAAUGAACAAAAUUAUUUUACUAAUAACAUUAACGAAAAAUAUAAACAGUACUAUAAAAAACAUAUGGAAGCUAUUUCAUCGUAUGUGGAUAAUGAUAGUGAUGAAAUAAAUGACGGCGGUAGUGACAUUGAUAAGGGGCCUUAUUUAGAUCCGUCUUCUGAUGGAGAGCAUAGCAAAAAUGAUGAGGCAAAUUAUCAUGGGAUACUAUCAUCAAGUGAUUGUAAUAUUGAAAUUAAUCUUGAAGGAUAUGAUGAAGAUAAUUCAUAUUUUUCAAAAAAAGUUACAAAUUUUGUUUUAAUGUUUAAUAUAAAAUCAUUGAUUGAACUUGGACUAUUUUAUAAACAAAUAAAAAAUAGUGAAAAUACGAGAAACACUUCAAAAGUAUCAAUAAUAUCAAUUUGUUUAAAUUCAUAUAUUGAAAUAUUUGAAGCAUUACUUCUUUUAUAUCAAGUAUUAUUUUCAAAAUUAUUAUUGACAUCUUAUAUGGCAAUGAUUAUAUUAAAAUUUUUAUUAUAUACAUUUAUGGAAAUUCGAUAUAUUCUAAUUAUAUGGAAAGCAAAUAAUAGUCAUCAUUCAGCAAAUAAUAAUUGGGAGUAUAUGCAAAGACAAUUAAGUGUUUUAUAUAAAUAUUAUUAUAGUUUUGUAUUACUAUUAAUUGCAAUUUUUUAUUAUAUUUUUCCAUAUUUUCCAUAUUUAAUAUUACUUAUAUAUCUUUGUUGGGUACCACAAAUAUGUUUAGAUAUAUGGAAAGGGCAGCAUAAAUCGAUAAGUUUAAAUUUUGUUUUUUUAUUAUCUAUAUGUAGAAUAUUUUUACCAGUAUAUAUUUUUAUAUAUCCAUAUAAUAUUUUUCAGUUAGAUAUAUUUUCAAAUGUUGGUGAUCUAUCAAAUUCUACUUUUAGUUUCCUUAUUAUUUUUUUUAUAUCACUACAGCUAUUAUUUAUGUAUGUUCAAAGAAUAUAUGGUCCUCGAUAUUUUUUUAAUACAAGUUUACUUCCGCAUGUUCACAAUUAUUAUCAAAAUUUAGAUCCCAACUUUGAAGCAGGAAUACCAGAAUGUGUUAUAUGUAUGUAUAAUAUUAUAUUACAUAAUACAAAAUAUUGUGUCACCCCUUGCUAUCAUAUUUUUCAUGAAAAAUGUUUACAACAGUGGAUGAACAUUAAGAUGGAGUGCCCAACUUGUCGUGGCCCGCUCCCUAACUUUCCAUAG